AUGGCACAUCGACUCAUCAAGGACAACCAGACCACAGGAGUCGCCAUCCACGACUGGACUGUCCUCUCCCACAAGACUUCCAUCCUCAACUCCCAGGAAAUAGACACCGCGUCGGCAGACUUGGGCAUCCCUAUCCCAGAGAUGAUCUUUGGAAACAACUUCUUAUCGAUUGAACACAAGACCUCAGGUUUCAAAUUCGAGUUCAAGGCCCUCCCCGCUCUGGCCAUGGUCGACCAGUCCUCGACCUCCAGCGACAAGAUCAAGGUCUCUUACGCCCGCGAAUGGUUCGAAAAGCGCAGCAUGGUGAACCAGGAACAUAUCACAGAUGUGGUGAAGCCAUACGACUGGACAUACUCGACAAAGUACAACGGAUCCAACACCAGCUCCAAAGAACAUCUCAAAUUCCAACCCACCAACGAGGAAUCCAUCGACAUUGAGCAACUAAAACGACCCGACCCUAUCCUCUUCUACGACGAGAACAUUCUCUUUGAAGACGAACUCGCUGACAAUGGCACCGCUGUUCUCUCCACCAAAGUCCGGGUGAUGCCAUCGUGUCUAUUCAUCCUACUGCGCUUCUUCCUGCGCGUCGACGACGUCCUCUUCCGGAUCUACGACACUCGCAUCUACCACCGCUUCGGCACAAAAACCGUCGUCCGCGAAUCCUCCUUCCGCGAGAGCUCCUAUCUAGACACCCGCGCCAGGAUCCCACGUUCAAAAGGAGACGACCUGUCGUUGCUGCUGGAUUCGAAUUGGGUCUCGUCCCAGCUACCAGAUCAAGAAUCCUACGUCGAAGUCCUUCACCUGGAGUAG